AAUACAUGAAUCACUCAAUAGGGAUGUCUGGAAAAGAUAUUAAUCUUGAUGAAUUUAGAGAUGAGAGUGGAGAUUUUGCUUGCAGUUUCAGGGGUUGUGGUAAAACAUUCAGCUGCAAGAAAACCCUGAAAGACCAUAAUAGAACUCAUACAGGAGAGAGACCCUACGAAUGUGCAUUAUGUGGGCAAACAUUCUCACAAUACAGCAGCCUUCAAAAGCAUGGAAGAGUUCACGAUAAGAAGAAGCCUUACAAGUGUGAUCAUAAAGGGUGAGGAAAGGCAUUUAGCCAAAUCUCAAACUUGAUUCGUCACAAGCGUAUUCACACUGGGGAAAAGCCUUAUAAAUGAAGAUUCUGACCCAAAAAAUUUGCUAGUGGGUCUAACCUGAAGCAGCACGAACAAACUCAUGAAAGUUCUAACAUUAGAGAGACAUACCAAUGCAAAUUCUGUCCAGCUGGGACUGCUAAACAGUACUACUACUACUCUAGCUUGCGUAAACACUAUCAAACUUAUCACAAAGGUGAAUUAAAGAAGCUAAAAUCCACUACUGUGAAUGAUGAUGUUGUCCGGUGUAGAAAAAUAGGCCAGUUAUUUUUACUAGAGUCGUUUUACAAGAAAGCAUUGAAUCCUGAGCUCCGAAGGAAGCUCAACAAUAAGACCUCAGUUAAGUAUCUCAACCACGUUCAAGAUUCCGAAGAGUCUCUAAAUGAAGAAACUAAAGAAGAAGUAACUCAACUUUCUACUAAAAAUAUGUACUUGAAUGAUAAAAACAAAUGAGGUUGCAAAAAGUCUCGAAGCCAGUUUCACCCUUCAAGGAAAAAUGAUGAAAUUUCUCCACAAAAAUCUCCCUGCUGCUCUGCUCAGCCCAUGCCGGCAUUGUCAAAGAGGCAAAGCCAGACCAUUAAGCUUCAGCCUAGUUUAGCAUUCAGAAGAAGAGAAUCAAUUUCGGAGAAUUCGCUUAAAGAAUGAGAUAGUUUUAACAGUGUGAAUCAACAUUUUUAUAACAAUCUAGUAGCUUUGAAAUCUUGAGCGAAUCAAAUGAAUGAUAACUUCUUUGCAAUGAACCCCGAACCCAAGAACAAGGAGCUUAAUAAGUCUGAUAAUCAGGAGGAGGGCAAGGAACAUAAUUUAAAUAUUAUCCCCUGUCAAGAUGAUAACCAGUGGAGAGAUAAGAGGAUUAAAAAGGAAGGUGAUGAGUUUUGAGAUAGCAACAAGACAAAUGUAUUCACAACUGUGAAGUUAGAAAUCCCUCAACCCAAGUAUCCAGCUAGCCAAGGAGUACAGUCAAUUUCUCCCUUGUCUUCUGUUGAAGAAAUCAAGGAUCGUUCUUUCCAAUAUAAUAAAAACAAGGAGAAAAAGAAGAAAGACAAGAGCCAGAUUAAAAUUAGUUAUGAAGAAGAAGGCUCUCAUCUCAAGGCUGCUCCUCACACUUUACUUAAACAACCCCCUAAGCUACCUUCCUUGCCAAAAGACUUAAAGAACUUAAAGCCGAAUUUUAAGAAUGAGAAGCCAAGGUGGGAUAGGAUUAAUAGACUACUAAGCGGACCUAUGAAGGCAACAAUUCCUUCUGAAAUUUUAUUAAAUCUUCCAUGCAUAAAGGAGAGUUUCAAUUUUGGAAGCCCUCAGAAUCCAAUAACUGAUUUCGAUUUAAUGAUGGAGACGAACACAAGUACGAAACAAUGAAGACAGUUAUGAGGAAACGGCAACGUUUGCCCAGAACUCCUCCCUGUAAUGUGAGAAUCUUACAAGCAGAAUAAGUGCAAUUGCACGAACGUCUGCAAGAAAAAGCUUAAGUUCCUUGAUUCCGAAAAUGGACAGAGUAGGAACCCUACCAAAUAGUACAUAGUCAUCUUGAGUGAUAUUUUAAGCCAUAAAUUAACUCCAAUAAACAAGUCUACAAUUAAAUCUCUCUCCUUUCUCAUCACUACAAAUAUCCUCUGACCAAUCAGUCCAUAUCCAAUUUGUCCAAAAGGGUAUUAUAAGCACUGUUUUGAUCUUUUAGCACUUUUGGCUAAAAAAUUGGGUCAAUAUGCUGCCAGACAAUUUUUUUAGAGCAUAAUUAUUUACAUGCAUAGUUCUGGAUAGGAUAAGGAGAUAAUUUUUGGAAGUCAUCAGCGAGGCAUAUUUAUUCGCACC